AUGACCUCUUCUCAAGUCACUUUUGAAGUCAGAGGACCAUCAGUACCAGGAGAGGUUUUUGCAAUAUGUGGGAGCUGCAGCGCUUUGGGAAAUUGGAAUCCACAAGUUGCAGUGGUCCUCCAAACUGAGGAUCGUCAAUUAUGGAAAGCUACUGUAGAGCUUCCUAGAGGAGUUCCUGUUCGGUAUCGGUAUUUUAAAGGAUACUUCCUAGAACCUAAGACUAUCGAUGGUCCCUGCGAAGUCAUAGUUCACACGUGGGAGACUCAUCUACAACCACGAUCAAUUACCCCUUUAGAAAAUGAAAUUACUAUUGACGAUGGAUACUUUGGAAUCCGUAAUGGUAUUGAAACUGUGGAUGCUGGGUGGCUGACAUGUCAAACAGAAAUAAGGUUACGUCUGCAUUAUUCUGAGAAACCACCUGUAGUGAUAUCUAAGAAGAAAUUUAAAACAUCAAGGUUUAGAGUAAAAUUGACUCUAGAAGGCCUAGAGGAAGAUGAGGACGAUGAAGAGGGCCAAGAAAAGACAUCUCCUACUGUCCCUCAGAAAAUGGCAAACACUGUGGAGUUCUCCUUAAUAAGUAACAACGAAUACAAAUGCCGACACUCCCAGCCAGACUGUGGUUACGCUUUGCAACCAGACCGAUGGAUAGAAUACACAAUACAAACCAUGGAGCCUGAUAACUUGGAAUUAAUCUUUGAUUUUUUUGAGGAAGAUUUAGGUGAGAAAGUAGUACAAGGUGAUGUGCUCCCAGGUCACGUAGGUUCCGCCUGCCUCCUGUCAUCCACAAUCGCAGAACUCGGAAAGAGGGCUGGAAUUAUUACCCUUGCUAUUAUGAGCAGAAAUCCAAGGAAGACAAUUGGAAAAGUUAGAGUGGACUACAUAAUUAUUAAACCGAUCCAGGGCUACACUUGUGAUAUGAAGGCUUCAUAUGCAAAGUAUUGGAAACCAAGAACAACUCUAGAUGUUGGACACAGGGGAGCAGGAAAUUCUACAACAACAGCUAAACUUGCAAAAGUUCAAGAGAACACUAUUGCCUCUCUGAGGAAUGCUGCUAGUCACGGAGCAGCGUAUGUGGAAUUUGAUGUACACCUUUCUAAAGAUCAUGUGCCUAUUGUAUACCACGAUCUCACAUGUUGCAUGGCCAUGAAAAAGAAACUGGAUACAGAGCCUUUGGAACUAUUUGAAAUUGCAGUCAAAGAACUCACAUUUGAUCAGCUGCAGUUAUUGAAGCUGGCUCACGUGACUGCCCUGAAAGUAAAAGAUCACAAUGCGUCUUUUAAAGAAGAAGAAAACUCUGCUUUUGAGACCCAGCCAUUUCCUUCUCUGCAGAGAGUCCUGGAGUCUGUUUCUGAAGAUGUUGGGUUCAACAUAGAAAUAAAAUGGAUCUGCCAACAAAGGGAUGGUCAGUGGGAUGGCAACUUGUCAACUUAUUUUGAUAUGAACCUCUUUCUAGAUAUUAUUCUAAAAACUGUUUUGAUGAAUGCUGGAAGAAGAAGAAUUGUGUUUUCUUCUUUUAAUGCAGAUAUUUGUACAAUGGUUCGGCAUAAGCAAAACAAGUAUCCUGUGUUAUUUCUCACCCAAGGAGAAUCUAAACUCUAUCCAGAACUCAUGGAUCUUAGAUCUCGUACAACUCCAAUUGCCAUUACUUUUGCACAGUUUGAAAACUUGCUGGGAAUUAAUGUGCACUCUGAAGAUCUGCUGAGGAAUCCAUCAUUUAUUAAAAGAGCCAAAUCUAAAGGCCUAGUUAUUUUUUCAUGGGGUGAUGAUGCAAAUGACCCAGACAACAGGAAGAAGUUGAGAGAAUAUGGUGUUCAUGGGCUAAUAUAUGACAGGAUAUACGACUCGAAUCCUGAACAACCAAAUAUAUUCCAGGUGGAGCAGCUGGAACGUCUCAAGAAAGAAUUACCAGAGUUGAAAAGCUGUGUGUGCCCCACAGUUAGCCACUUUAAAUCCAUAUCUCCGUGUAAAUGUCAUCAUAGUUGCCUGGAAGAGAAAGCUGUAGAUAACUUGAAGAGUGUUCAAAUGCAAAAGGACUGAAUCUAGGCAGAAUGCUGUUUUGUAUC